AGAGUUUCUCAGCAUUUCUGCGUUUGAUUAUUAUUAGUCUAGAUUUCUCGGACCAUCCUGGUGUCAUUUUACAGUUUUCUAUCUGCCAAAUUUAAGAGAGAUAAGGAAAAUCUGAAAAUCAUACACACACUUAAAACUAUGGCGACCAGGAAUCUGUCCAUGAGAAAGUGCCUCAUCUUCCUGAUCCCGUUACUCCGGGUCCUUCUUGCUCAAACACCCUCCCCCCAAAAUACUCUUCAUUUCAUCUUGUUUCCUGACAGCCAGCACAGCUCUCACUGAACACUGGUGGAUUAUUCAUCUCUUUCUACUCAUUUAUCUCCACUCUCAGACAUUUGUCUGUUUUUGGAGUGUUUGCCUGACAUCAUGGCGACGGGCAGCUCGCAGACAGAUGUGAAGGGCUCUCUGAACGGGAGCAUGGAUUUGUAUCACAGCUGGUUCGGUCCUACGACCCCACGACCUCCUCUACGAAACUACCUGCUCCUAACCAUCCUCACCUGCUUCUGUCCGGCCUACCCUGUCAACAUUUUAGCCCUGGUGUUCUCUGUAAUGUCCAGAAACAGUUAUGAUCAGGGAGAUUAUGAGGGUUCGAGGCGUUUAGGGAAGAUGGCGCUCUAUGUGUCCAUCGCCUCCAUCAUCAUCGGCAUCCUCAUCAUCACCAUCUUCUGCGCUGUGCAUUUCAGCAAGAAAGACGUGUAAGAUGACAGUAUUUUGUCGUGCUGUGCUCUGGGUGAAGGAUGUGCACUGGGUCGCUCUGUCUGUUGAACUGAAUGGAGAUUUUAGUCAUGAAACCAAGAGCAGGACAGAUCCAGAACAGGACAUCAGCUCUCCUCCAUCUGCACUCCAGCUCUACAAGAACAUGCUUAUGGAAGAGUGAGGUAGAUGAUGGGGCUUGAAAAGUUGAAAAGCCAUUUUUGUCAAGACAUUUUUACAGACAAAUUCAAAAUAUACACUUUUAAACCUCCAAAUAUUACUCAUCCAUGCACGUACUGAAUAUGUAAAUAAUUUUGCAACACAUGCAUGUCUGUUCUUUUUCUAAUUCUUUUUGUGGCAAUCCUGUGUUGAAAUCUACAGCUACAAUGGCUUCAUGGUUGAAUGUCACUGUAAAAAUGAUUAAUAAUGACCUUAUCAUUUCAACACAUCACACUGUUUACAGUCUUUAAGUCUUAACAGCUCUUAUAAAAUCGGUAAAAAAGUAAAAAAAUAAAUAAUAAUAAUUAUGGAAAAUGUAAUUAUUACCAUUGUUGGUGCUUAG